AUACAAAAUUGGGUUCACUUUAACACUAUCGAGAACGUUAAAAAACUCGCACUAAGCACAUAGGUGGGGAAAAAAAUUAACGCCGCCAUAGAUUAUACACUAAUAUUUAGAAACUGCGCUCCAAUACAUAAUAAACAAAGUAAAUUAAUUAAAAUUUUACUAGUUGGUAGUUUGGUAGGUAAUCGCCAAUUAACUAAAUAAUAAUAAGCCUGUUGAUUUAAAAAUACAAUAGCAAUUAUCAGAUUACUGUGAUAAUCUAUGAGGGAGACAAUAACUGUCAAUUUAAAUAGUAAUACACACAAUUUAGUCCUAAUUUUAAUUAUUAUUCAUACUAAAUGUUUAAAAUUUCAGAUUUCAGACUGAUACAUUAUUAAUUAAACAAUAAUAAAAUAGGUACUGAAGGCAUGUUUGACAUCUUACAUUCAUUGUUAAUACUAUUUUUCAUAUGCUGCACAUUAAUUGGAGUUACUGAUCAACAUGAAAAUUCUAAAAACCUCGGACAAGAAUUAAUAUUGUGUCGGAAAUGUGGUGCUGAUGUAGCCGAUUCACAUUAUUUAUUCAGCAAACAAAGUCCAGGAGCGCUAACAAUAGACAAACAAAACCUGUUUGGCCACCAAAAUGCUACAGUGCAAACAUUAGUGAAUCCAUUUGGAGUGAAAUUUGAUAUAGUUACUCUAGAAAAAGCAAAAUGUGAAAAUGUGGGCCCACCCCAAGGGGCUGAUUCCUGGUUUCCCGGCUACACAUGGCGUAUAUGUGCAUGUCCUCAUUGUGGCCAGCACCUUGGCUGGACGUUUGAGUCGACAGAUUUGAGUCUUACCAAAGCAAAGGAACAUGUUCACUCAUUUCACGGUUUCAUACUGAGUAAUGUACUUGGAGAAAAUUGUAAGUUAAGUACUAUGAUAUCUAUUUUUUAUGUUAUUAGUCCUUUAUCUGUUUCAAAUUACACAUUUGUUUGUUUUAUUUUAUUUAAGAAUCGAAACAAUCACAAUAAAUCCCUGUGGGUUAGUGAUGGGUCACCUUGUAAGAUUUGAGUCAGAAUUUUUUUGUCAAAAUAAGUUUUUUUUUUUCAGUUACGGAUUCUCUUAUAAUGAUGCCAAAAAUGUAUAAAAUGUAAGUAAUCGCUUGAGACCAUUAAAUUAUUUUUUUACU